AUGGAGUCCAAGAUGGCUCCCAAGAUGGAUCCCAAGAAAGACACCAAGAAGGAGGCUGAGAAGCAGGAGACUAUUCCCCUCCCGCUGAGCUUCAUCCGCACUUAUUCGGCAAUGCGAGGUCCUGUGGCAGGCCAAGAGGGUUAUCCUCUGGCGGAGUUGAUGCACCAACAACCCGCUUACAGCCGCACCGAGGUACAGCAUUUGGAAGAGAUUCCCAUCGAAGAACGUGCCAACAUCCCUAGUCACCCCGGUUGGGAUAACGAUCCUGACGACGUAGAAGGUACCGCCCCCAGUGCUCACAUCACGCCGGAAGCCUUUCUUGCCUUCUCUCGAGGUGCUCAGCGUUGGAACCGAGAUGAUAUCAAGGAUCCCAAGGAUGUUCUCUCUACGCAGACCCGUGUUCGCCCCGAGACUGCCCUCCCUAUCCGCGGUGACAAGUUCCCUCACUACAUUUACCAGGCCAAGUCACAGGCCGACAAGAUCACUGGCGAGCCGUUCACCCCUCAGUACGAGGUCCCUACUAGCCCAUCUAUUGUCUACACUCCGCCUGGCGUGCCCGAUAUGCCGGUUAAGACGGCCACUUUCCUGAGCCUCUUCUCUCGCAUGCACCCUACUCCCCGUGCUAUCAUGGACAUGCCCACUACUAGCUCCAAUGAGCAUUAUACUCAGUCCGACGUCCAACGCGUCGUCCAAGCCAAUGUCAACAGCGCCCUCCCCGGCCCCGAAAUCGUAGCCGCGCACGACGCCUAUCUCGAAAGCCAGCUGCGCAUCGUCGCGCAAGUAGAAGAGCAGGAGAAAGAACAAAUGGCCAUCAUCGAAGCGCAGCGCCAGUACAUCGAGAAGCUGGAAACCGAGCACCACAUCCUUCGACACACCUACAUCCCGAUCCUGCACUUCCGCAAGCAGGUCCUCGACAAGGCGCGUCAGGACGCCAAAGACCGCGCUAAAGCGGCCGCUGACGAGGCCGUGAAGAAGGCAAUGGAAGAGUCGAAACGCCGUGCUGAUCGCGAUGAACGCAUCCGCGAACAUAUGGUUGGUCUGGUGCUGGAUAUCCGUGUGAAGUACGAUGCCGCUGUGAUGCGCAUUAAUGAGUCCCUGGGCAAGCGCAUGGCGCAGGAAGAGGCGAUCAAGCGCCUCGAGCAGGAUAUCUCUGAGGAAUGUCUGAUCGUUGGCAAGAGCUCCUUCGAAGAGGUCUACGACGCUGUUAACCAGGCUGUGCCGAAGCCCCAGACUUCGUCUUCGGGUGGUAGCGCGGGCACUGGUCUUGAGAUCGCUGGUUUGACGCUCCGCUCGCCUGUCUCGGUCUUCGAACCCGCCACUACCGCUGCUGCUACUGCGGCUGAGGCUCCGUGUGACCAGGUGCCCAGUGACGAUAUUUACAAUGCGAGCCCGGUCCGCUAUGAGAAGAGCCCGAUUAAGCGCAACCAGAGCCCCAAGGGCAAGUGGGUUGUUCGCGAUGGUUGCGAGUUCGAUCUUACUUUCGCUCAUUCUACCGCGUGCUCCAACAGCAUGACUUACUUAGGCGAUGACGACGAAGACGAUGCUGAUCGCAAGGACAAGGAUGAACAGCAGAAGGAGGAACAAGGCGAUUCUUCGCGAUAUGCCCAUGAAGAGGCCGGUGAGAGCUCCAAGCAAGGAGACAAGUCCUCUUAGGCUUGUCCCAUUAACUUACUUAUAUCUAUCUUGCGACGAGGAUCCCGUUUAUACGAAGAUCCCAUUUGUCGAGUACGCAUUUAGAGUGUGUACCCCCGGAUGACACCAAUACGUCGCCUAUCGUUUCGGAGUUUUCGAGGUUCGCGAAAGUUACUAUACUACGACAUACAUCACGACUAGUCGAGCACACAUGGGUCAUAAUGUGUAGCCACCCAUGAUACGGACAGAUUCUCAGACACACGCUGGACUAUACAGCAUGUGCUGCUGAUCCGACAUUUCCUCUUUCUAUACCAACGAUUACCAUUUCUGGCCCGUUGGACCCGGGUUAUGACUGGCCCUGACUGUUCAUCGAACGUCUAAUACAGCUCAAUAUAGGAUGUGACUCUCCUUGACUACGUCUAAAGCAGCGGGGCAACUUUUGUACAUUGCUCUCUUCAUGUACACUAGUUAUUCCCCCCAUUUCAUCGGACAUUAGGUCUGUUUCUGAAUGCAGUUGAUUCUCCUAAA